CACACAGUACAGUGUCUUCACAGCGCUCAGCGGAUACACAUCGAAAGCAGGACUACUCUCGACUCCUCAGCAUUGAGGUACUGUGUUGCUCGCUGGCAGUCGGAAGGACUAUGAGAGUGGCUGCCGCCUGCACUGCAGAGCUCUGUAACUUUGGCAGAUAGGAUCAUUAUACCCCUCUAAGACGCCCUAAGAGCGGAAAAGAUGAAGACUUGGAUUGUACUUCUUCUGUGGGCAUGUGCACACCAGAGUGUGAAUGCAGUUGCCCUUUCAAGAGGGCCAGUUCGAAGGAAAACCAAAGAAAUUGAAGGACGACAAGACAAAGAUUUGCUCAGACGUUCAAAGAGAGGAUGGAUGUGGAGACAGUUUUUUCUUCAAGAGGAGUACACAGGAACAGAGCACCAGUACAUUGGCAAGCUUCACUCAGAUAUGGAUAAAGGAGAUGGCACAGUGAUGUACGUUCUCGCAGGAGAUGGUGCGGGGACGAUCUUUGUGAUAGAUUCCAACUCAGGCGAUCUGCAUGCUACCAGGAGCCUGGACAGAGAAGAGAAGCCUUUCUACACGCUCCGAGCCCAGGUUGUCAACAAGAAGACCGGCCUCCCACUGGAGCCAGAGACAGAGUUUACUGUGAAACUACACGACAUCAAUGACAAUGAGCCCAAGUUUGACAAGGAGGUUUAUACAGCAUCCGUACCUGAGAGGUCACACAUUGGCACCUAUGUCACUCAAGUUACCGCCCAGGAUGCAGAUGAUGAAAUGUUUGGCUACAGUGCUAAGCUGUCCUACAGCAUCAGCCAGGGUCAUCCAUACUUCUCAGUAGAGCCAAAUACAGGUAUAAUCCGGACAGCUUUGGGACCUUCCGAUAUGGACAGAGAGCAGAGGGAGCACUACCAGGUGGUGAUCGAAGUCAAGGACAUGGCCGGCCAGAAGGGGGGCUUAACAGGCACCACCACAGUAAACAUUAGCCUCACCGAUGUCAAUGAUAACCCUCCUCGUUUCAUGCAGAGUAUAUAUCAGUUCAGCGUUCCAGAGAUCACCAAGGUAGAAUCAUCGGUUGGCAGGAUCAGGGCUGUGGAUGCCGAUGUCGGCAGAAAUGCGGAGAUGGACUAUACCGUUGUUGGCGGAGACGGUCUGGAUGUGUUCGACGUCAGCACUGACAGGAACACCCAAGAAGGCAUACUUAGUCUUAAGAAGCCUCUGGACUAUGAAAAGAAGAAAUCGUACACGCUUCAGAUCCAGGUCCAAAACACACAUCCAGACCCACGCUUUCUGAGCUCGGACGCUAAGGACAUGGCGACCAUCAGGGUCAGUGUUGAGGAUGUGAAUGAGCCUCCUCAUUUUGAGAAAAUCAGCUAUAUUUUGGAGGUGAAAGAGGACGCGGCUGUGGGCACCAUGAUAGGAUCGGUCAGCGCUGUGGAUCCUGACAUACGCCGCAGUCCGGUCAAGUACUCCAUUGACCGGCACACAGAUGUCGACUGGAUUUUUGGUGUCUAUGUUGGGAAUGGAUCUAUAUUCCUGCAGAGGCCUCUGGAUCGAGAAGAAUUCGCUUGGCACAACAUCUCAGUGAUCGCGACCGAGUUCAGACACUUAGACAACCCCGAGCAGACCAGCCGAGUGCCUGUGUACAUCCGCGUACUGGAUGUCAACGAUAACCCCCCCAUGCUGGCAUCCUUCUACGAGACCUUCGUCUGUGAAAACGCCAAAGCCGGUCAGAAAAUCCAGACGAUAAGCGCAGUGGAUCCAGAUGACCCGGUCGGUGGACAUCGCUUCUUGUUCUCUUUAGCACCAGAGAGCUCAGUGCGAGCAAACUUUUCACUCCGAGAUAAUGGAGAUAACACAGCUGGGAUCUUUACACAACGCACCGGAUUUGGCCGAAUGCACAAGAGCACCCAUCUAGUGGCUGUGGUGAUCUCAGACGGACACAUUCCCAUGCAGAGCAGCACGGGCACGGGCACGCUCACAAUUCGGGUUUGUACGUGCGACCGAGACGGCAACAUGGAGAUGUGCAACGCCGAGGCUCUGAGCAGCGCUGCGGGGCUCAGCACGGGGGCGCUGGUGGCCAUCCUGCUCUGCAUCCUCAUCCUGCUCUUGAUCGUGGUGCUGUUUGCUGCCCUGAAACGACAGAAGAAGAAAGAGCCUCUGAUCAUCUCCAAGGAGGACGUGAGGGACAAUGUGGUCAGCUACAAUGACGAGGGCGGCGGCGAGGAGGACACUCAGGCCUUUGACAUCGGAGCGCUUCGACAUCCGGAAGUAAUGGAGGAGAGCAAACUGCGGCGGGACAUCCUACCCUCAGAGUCGCUCUACCCUCCGCCGCCACUUCGCAAAACCUUGGUGCCGUCCCGUGAGAACGCAGAUGUGCGGAACUUUAUCAACCAGCGCGUGCAAGAAAACGAUGGCAACCCCACGGCUCCUCCUUACGACUCGCUGGCCACCUACGCGUAUGAAGGUAACGGAUCGGUGGCCGAGUCGCUCAGCUCGCUGGGGUCCAUGUCCUCGGAAGGGGAGCAGGACUAUAACUACCUCAGCGAGUGGGGACCGCGCUUCAGGAAGCUAGCAGACAUGUACGGCGGCGAGGACAGCGACUGGGACUCCUAACGGACAGACUGUGGAGUGAGACUCAUUUGCUGAUCUGCCUCUACAUGAAGACUGGAGUGGCAGAAUGAGGCAUCCUAAUUUCUUUUACAAAGUGCCCUUUUAUCCUUCUCUUUGUCCGACAAUCAGGCAGCCGGUUGCUCUGUCCUGAUUGGCUGAUGAAUGUCAUGCUCUGGCGAGGAGGACGUAUCCGUACGCUGGCUUCUCAUCAGAAAGAUCAUCUGUUGUGACAUCUUCCUGCAUAAUCCCAGAUUGCUCUGGAGAUGCCUGCAGUUUUUCAUAUCUGUAACCAUCGCUGAAAACGUUCUUUGAAAAGCCAAGCAUUUAAUGCAGAAGCGCUCUUCAAAUCCUGCUGCAAAGAGCAGUUUAUCAGUUGACUGUGAGCCUGUGAAACACUUCAAGUGACACUCGAGCAGGUCAUUGACUAAAAAAAGGCCAAGGCCGAGGACUUUAUGAAAGUAAUGAAACCACCGCCAAACUCGAGCCUAUGAAUUCACCAUCAGACCUCAACGUGUAGCGGGCAGCUCAGAAUCAAACCACUCAACAUCAUAGGAGUUGUCUAAUAACUGGGAGGAAUUUUCAAACCUUACUAUUAACCAUUUGCAUAAUUUUACUAAUCUGCUUACGCACUCAAGAAAAGA